AUGCCUGCGGUCUGGGCCGUGCUGUUGCUGCUGGGCCUGGGGGCCCUGGGAGUGCGGGGCUGCCUGCAGUGCGAUGAGGCGGCGCGGGAAGUGCUGGGCAAGCUGCGAGACGCCCUGGUUCCCAAGCGCUUCGCCCAGGAGGCCCUGCAAGCCCGCGCGCGCAUUCUGCUGCUGGGCAUGGAGGGCCCCUUCUUCCGAGACUAUGCGCUCAACGCGUUUGUGGGCAAAGUGGAGGUGGAUCAUCUCCAAGUUGUGGCCUCCUUUGUCAAGAACCAAAGCAGCUCCUUACAGCACAGCACUCUGAAAGAUGAGCCUCUGCUGGAGGAGCUGGAGGCCUUUCGGGAGAGAGUGGUCAAGAAACUGAAGAAAUAUUUAAGAUCCUAUGAAUUAAAAGCCUGCGAUCCCAAAAUUUGCGAGUUUCUCAGGGAAGAGGUAGUGAACUGUUUGCAUUGCCAGAAGAGCCGCCCCAAAUGUAUCAAAACCAAGUAUUGCUUUGUUCUGCAGACUUACCCUUGGUACUUGUUUCAGGAGAUGCAAGCCUGGAACCCUGCGCUGGCUACUGAGCCCCUCACAGCUGAGGACCAGGCGAAUAAGAACACUUACGAUUCUGAGAGGGUCCAAGACCCACUUGGAUAG